UUGUAAAAAGAACUUCCUUUUUUUGUUCUGCACAGCACAGGCGACAAAAUAGCCUUUUGAAAAUUGACCAAUGAAAUUAUCUUCGACUAAAAUGUACACAUUCUAGCGGGUUAAUCAUGGCGAAAUAUUUGUUGGUUAGAACAGCUGCAAUAUAAGAAAGUAUAUAUAAAUAUAGAUUGAAUAAUUAGGAAAUAAUUACAACAUAGUUCACUUCCGUGCUUUGUUCUUCCACGCAAUAACUUCCAGCUUGUCACAAUGGCGCGAACACAAUGUUAUGUUAAUUUUUAAACACCAACAUAAACAAUCUUGCAGUUACAUUUAUACCACAGUUUUUUAUAUGAGUAUACAUUGCGAAAUUUGUUUAGGACGAGUCAUUAAGGAAGAGCGUAUUUCUAGAGGUACGACUUUAAAGUUGGAGCAGCUGUUUCUGUCGCCAUCGUUUACAGCUGUACUUUACAUUGCAUCAUUAUCACACUUAAUGCACUUGAUAAAUACUACACGAAUGUAAAAAUUGAUUGAACUGCGGAGUGAAAAAAGCCACAACUCGAGAAAAGUGGUUUUCAGGAAAUGGUUUAUAUUAUCCACUGUUUUUAAAUAUAUAUAUAAUAAGCAGAAAUUUAUUACAAGAAAUCAUUUUACCAAGAAAAGUUUAUUGGACAAUGAAAGGAAGUAUACAGCUAGCUAUAUGCUCUUGUUUAUGUUUCACGCUGGUCUCCUCCUUGGCGAGUGGAAGUCAUACCUUCUUAAUUCCGAAGGUGGGAGAAGGAAAAGCAGAGGAGGGAAAAGCAAAGAUUAGGAAAUUUUGCAUCGUCAACCCACUUGUAUGCGCCAAACUACUUGCCCGUGGUACAGAUGCAAAUCAGAAAGAUGGCUUCAAUGGUAAAUAUGACAACACAAAAAUGAAACAAAGAGAAAUUAAAAGAAAAGUGUACCUUCCAAAUCAAAAAAUUAAUUAUCCAAGAAGGUAUAAUUCGGAUCAAUCUUAUGGACGGUUUGUUUUGCGCAAUGUUAGACGAUACGGAACUAGAAUGAAUUGAUUAUAUUUAUAAAGGAAAAAUAUACAAUAUGACAUUUUAUAAACUAUUUCUGUUGCUGUUAGCAUCCCUAAACGUAUAAUGAGAAGUGUUUUAAACAUUACUAUUGCAAGCUCCCCUCUUUUUGGAAUUAUUUAAAUCAUCGGUUCAAAUUGUCAACAAAUUAAGUCAUUUUACAUUUUUAGAUAACAUGUUAAAAUAGAUAAACAAUAUAAGUAUUAAUAAUUGAAAUAACUAGUCGUUAGCCCGUGGAAAAAUCCACGGGUUCGCCCGUCGCGGCUAAGCUACCAUUUUGCGUGACAGACAGACGGACGGACGGACAGACGUAUACGGGCAUUAUUAUUGAAAUAAUAACAAAAAGCGAAACGAAAAAUAGUAUUAGUGAUAGAGCAUUAAAAUUUGUUAUUGCCAUGGACAAACAAGGCGGUUCAAGUGCCUUUUACAGCUCCCCUGUAACCACAGAAACCUCUCCAAGACCUCUUGGACACAAAUUGAACGCUCUACCUAAUGAGCAAUUUUCCAAUUAAAUGCCUCAGCUGGUCUGUCCUCCACGAAACAUUGCAAUGAAUUCAGUAGAAUGCACGUAUGCAACUAUGAAACGAUUUCAAACAUGUUAUCGACUUUUGUUUUGAAAGACUUUCUGAGACCUGCGUAAAAAAAUUGUAUACACGAAAUGACACAUAUGAGAGAAGUUGACAUAUGAACCUUAUUCAUCCGUUAACUCACUUAAAAAUUAUAAUAAUCAAAUUGUAAAAAAAUCUCAUUCUUGGGAGAAGUUUUUUACAUUCUCGACC